AUGUUUCUUAGGAUUUUUCUCUUCUUUUUUCUCAUGGUCUUAACAAGCUGCUCAGAAACAAAGAAAGACACUCAGGAUUCUCCUCCAGGUUUAUUACAAGCGCUAAGAUCAAAAUAUUUGGGUCAUAUUAGAGGAAAAAGAACGGUAAGUUAAGUCAAACUAAACAUAAAUUUCUCGCCUUUGAUUAGCGACUACUGUUAAUGGCUGAUAAUCGGGAAUGGAGAUUAUUUCCAGAAAUGAUCGAGGCUGAUUUGAACGUAAUUUAACGGACAAAAAGGAGCCUUUAAUGCAACCACUGUUGUUGAUUUAAUGGCUCUGUAUUGCAUCUGUGAGCCACUGAUAGGCUUCUCUUCGCAGUUGCUCAAAUUGCAGGCAUAACUGAGAAGAUGAUUUCUUCAUUUAGUUUAAUUUUACAUCUGUUCUUCAUAUACAUAAAAUUAGUUACUUCAAAUAUUACACAUUAAAGAAACACAAUACAGAUUUUAAGAUUUUUCUCUUGUACAAUUAAGAAACUAUCUGCGGUUUUCACUGCAUUCAAAGACAUUAAAAAUUAAAAUUCUUUCGUUUUAUGAUACUGAGAUCUGAUGAACGAUUACAGCACAUCUAUGUUUUACACUUUACAAUGUCGUUGUGGCAUGGUGAAAAAGCACGUAUAAUUACAAAUCUCCUCUCAAUUUUUGAGUAAGCUUUCUACACAAGUUCAGUUUAGAACACUGAGUAAUAGUAAUAUGUGCUUAAUAUGAUUACAGGACUCAGCAGACUCUGAUCCACCCGCAUUAAAGGAGGCUUUGGGCAAUGCUUAUUUUGGACAUAUUCGCGGAAAACGAACGGUAUGAUGUAAAACAAAACGCUCAUAACCCACAACCCGAGAACAUUUAUAACUUACACUCAAUAUUCAGUUUCAUAGUGAAAAUUGAAUACUGAUCAAUCAAUUUAGCCGGUCUCUUUGAGACGAUGAGCUUCUCUGGAAUUUGCUUUCAAUAAAGACUUUCUUUCCUACCGUCCGGCUCAAUGCGUUCCUGGACGAUUUGACGAUCGCAAUCGCCCGGACAGAACUGAAGUUGAUAUACAGGCCGAUUUGCGUCAGUAUAAUCACAAAACUCGAGGUAAUGGAGACCAUUUAGACGAUUACAAGAAACUCUGGUUCUAUAUAACGAGAAAAUAACAAAACAGUCACCAAUUGCAACACUUUUCUGCUUAACUGAUACUACGAAAUUUUGACAUCUAGGGAAGGUAAAAAUGUAUAUCGAACUGUUGAUUGCUCAAGUACUCUCAGUAAUCCAUAUUAAACCGUUUCAUUUUCCAGGAUGCAGAAGAUUAUCCGCCAUUAGGAGAAGCACUAAACACAGCUUAUUUGGGACACAUCAGAGGAAAAAGAACGGUAAGAAGACCGGCCCGCUUAGGGCAAUGUUAAAUUAUAUUUUCUGAAUAGCAUUUCUUUCGAUUAGUCGUUCAGUUUUAUAUUUUUUCCUCUAUUUGAUAAAAGUCUGAAAUCUGUCCCUUAUUCUUAUCACCAAUUUUGAUUUUAGGUAUUUUUUUUANGGACUCAGCAGACUCUGAUCCACCCGCAUUAAAGGAGGCUUUGGGCAAUGCUUAUUUUGGACAUAUUCGCGGAAAACGAACGGUAUGAUGUAAAACAAAACGCUCAUAACCCACAACCCGAGAACAUUUAUAACUUACACUCAAUAUUCAGUUUCAUAGUGAAAAUUGAAUACUGAUCAAUCAAUUUAGCCGGUCUCUUUGAGACGAUGAGCUUCUCUGGAAUUUGCUUUCAAUAAAGACUUUCUUUCCUACCGUCCGGCUCAAUGCGUUCCUGGACGAUUUGACGAUCGCAAUCGCCCGGACAGAACUGAAGUUGAUAUACAGGCCGAUUUGCGUCAGUAUAAUCACAAAACUCGAGGUAAUGGAGACCAUUUAGACGAUUACAAGAAACUCUGGUUCUAUAUAACGAGAAAAUAACAAAACAGUCACCAAUUGCAACACUUUUCUGCUUAACUGAUACUACGAAAUUUUGACAUCUAGGGAAGGUAAAAAUGUAUAUCGAACUGUUGAUUGCUCAAGUACUCUCAGUAAUCCAUAUUAAACCGUUUCAUUUUCCAGGAUGCAGAAGAUUAUCCGCCAUUAGGAGAAGCACUAAACACAGCUUAUUUGGGACACAUCAGAGGAAAAAGAACGGUAAGAAGACCGGCCCGCUUAGGGCAAUGUUAAAUUAUAUUUUCUGAAUAGCAUUUCUUUCGAUUAGUCGUUCAGUUUUAUAUUUUUUCCUCUAUUUGAUAAAAGUCUGAAAUCUGUCCCUUAUUCUUAUCACCAAUUUUGAUUUUAGGUAUUUUUUUUACUUACAGGGAGUGUCUACCAGAAAAAUUCCGACCUCAACAAAUUAAGCUAAAUGCACAUAAAUAUCAAUUACAUAUACUGCAUGAACACCAACACUUAGUAACUUCCUACAAACGUACUGCUUCAAAGCAGUUCUGACCUUACUUUGGCUGCAGAGUGUGUCGUGGAGUAUCCCACUAAAUCAUGCAGGGGGAGGGGGAUACCUGUGAUAUGUCAAAAGUAUGUCACGAAAGCUUUUUCCCUUUCGAUUGGAAGGAAGGGAUAAAAAACGAAGAGAAUUUAAACAAGAUUCCUCUCUUACAGCUGAAAGGUUGGGGUUUUAAUCCUGCACUUCGUGAAGCUUUCAAUAAACUACAGUUUUAUGGCCCGCACCUUCGGGGAAAAAGGACGGUAAGAGCCGAUCGGAUUUGAAACGAUCAUCCUCCAGGAACCUUUCAGAGGAUCGUUUGUUUAGCUACUAACUUACUACAUCAUGCACAUCACCCUAAUUAAGAUGUACUAGAUUCCACACUGUGCGCGGAAUCCGGAUUCCAGGGAAUUUGGAUUCCGGAUUCCAAUCGCUUAAGGGAUUUCGGAUGCCUCGAGAUGAAUUCCAGAUUAAAAAGCCUGGGAUUCCGAUUUCACAGGAAGAAAUUUUCUCGGACCCCGGCAUCCGGAACACCUUACAUUAGGCGACACAAACUAGGAGUGAGAAUAGUUGAUCUUUUCAAUUAUGAUGUCUGGAGCUGGGACCGUUUUUAUCCAACCUUUUGCAGGGUGGCUGGGAAUCUAACAAAGAUUUAUUAGAGGUGUUAAACAAUGCAUACUCAGGCCACAUUCGUGGAAAGCGACAACAGGUAUAGAUACUAGAAAUACGUAUCAGGUAUAGAUAUCAGAUUGUAACAUGUCGCAUUAUCUUUAGGAAUAAAUCUACCGGAGGGUCAAAGUACAAGCCACUCAUCAGUGCUCGUUCAAUGUUUUACAAUAAACGAAUAUACGGAGGCUGAACAUUUUUAAAUUACUAAUGCGUUAUUGAAUCAGUGCCUUAUUGAAAAGAAUAACAAUUAUUAUUUUUUGUAAUUUCAAAUCAUUUAUCUUCUUCUUUGCAGGAUACAUCGAAAAAUUCACAAUGA